CCCUUGCGUAACCUGUAAUACCCAAUAACCGUCUAGAAUGGGGUGUAGCAAGUUUAAUAACAUCAACUAAGACAAUACUCUACUAUUUUUUAUCUUAUAUAUAUAGAUCGGUAAGAUAUUGAUUCCCCCUUUAAAGGAUACUUAAUUUUUAUCGUCUUAGUUGUACAUAGUUCCAUACAAUUUUCCCUACUCUUUAAUAACAAUUUUGUAAUUUUAAUUAACCUUUUGUUGUUCACUCUUUAUUUUAAAUAAUCAAGAUGGCUGAGGAGGUUCCCCAGUUCAAGCUUUUGUUAGUUGGAGACGGAGGUGUAGGCAAAACUACUCUAGUUAAAAGACAUUUGACUGGAGAGUUUGAAAAGAAAUAUAUCCCAACGCUCGGUGUUGAGGUACAUCCGCUCAAGUUCAGAACUAACUGUGGCACAGUCCAAUUCAACGCGUGGGAUACAGCGGGCCAGGAGAAGUACGGAGGACUCAGAGAUGGCUAUUACAUUAAGGGGGAGUGCGCUAUCAUAAUGUUCGACGUCACCAGCAGGAUCACCUACAGAAACGUCCCAAACUGGCACAGGGAUAUCGUCAGGGUGUGCGAAAACAUUCCAAUGGUCCUGGUCGGAAACAAGGCUGACGUGAAGGAGAGGCAGGUCAAGGCAGCCCACAUCCAAUUCCACAGGAAAAGGAACCUUCAGUACUAUGACCUGAGUGCCAGGAGCAAUUACAACUUCGAGCGUCCGUUUUUGUGGCUCGCUCGCAGGCUCCUAAACAAACCUCAGCUCGUCUUUGUCGGAGAGUGCGCCAAGGCACCUGAAAUUGCAAUUGACCCUAUGCUAGUUCAACAAUCGGAGCGUGAGCUUGAAGCCGCCGCAAACGUCGCAAUAGAUGAUGACGGAGACAUGUAAAAACUAGACUAAUCUCCUAUUCACUAUAUAUUAAUUUUAUACAACUUGA